AUAGCCCACGCGCACCGGCAGCUCUGGAGAGCUGAACACCUACCUCUUCUCCAGCAUACCUCGCGAUUUUGCUUUGCUCGUCGCGACUGACAAUGAAUCGGCUACCAGAGACGAAUAGCGGUACUGUCACUUCCUGGAUCCCGAUCCCGACGACACAUCCCCAUCAACCUGGAUGCGAAAGUUCGCUUUGGAAAUUCGUCCCAAAUACAAUCGCCGCUUGGGACCCUGGCUAUGGAAUCAGUGUUUCGACAUCGCCGACAUGCCUCCCUAAGCCGGUGACAACAUGGUGGUUACAGGACCGGUUCGGCCCCAUCGCGGAGACAGUACUUAGCAUAGGACCCGUCACAUGUCCGCAAGAUUACUAUACCGCGACGGCGUCGGCUAAAGACUCUUCUAGUACUUUAAUAGCAUGCUGUCCCAUGGAGUAUGACUUCGUGGCCUUUUCCGAUCCGGGAAGCACUGGUGAAUGCACAUCAAAGCUUAAGAAGGGGGACAUAGUUACUUUUGCGACGAAAGAUUCCGGUUGGCAUGUUACCACUUCGACCGUCACAGCAGCUUCAAAUGUCGCAGCCAUUCCCGUAAAUGGUUGGGUGUUUGCUUCCUCGACAAAUAGCGCAAAUAACUGCGAGGCAUCGGUAACCUCAGCAUUAGCGAACCAGAUGGCGACGGGGAAUGCAAGCUGCGAAGCGACCAGUGGUGGAAUUUCAUCAGGGGCCGCAGCUGGGAUUGGAGUCGGUGUAUCGAUGGGAGUUACUGGACUGGCUGCUCUAGGCGCCGGUCUCUUCAUGAUGUACAGAACGCGGAAGGUAGCUCGAAGGAAACCCGCCGAGACCCAUAUCGCCCACUUUGUAAACAGUGGUGGAAAGGGCAUGAAUACCAGCGCCCAGGCCCUACCGACGUACACAUCCGAACUUCGAGACACGCCCAGCCCGCCUGAGAGACCUCAAUACCAGCCGAUAGAAAGAGACAUGUGGGACGCGACGGCACCCUGCUUGCCAUCAUCGCAUUCGCGUACGCCCUCAAAUGCGCUAUCAAAUGCCAUAACAGUUCCGCACGGGGAGAUGGAUGCUACAUCCUACCAAGGCAUAAGCGAAAGAAGCAGGAUGGGAACGCCAUACCAAGAUAUUGACGGUAGAACUUUAGGCGCGAGGACAGUGACACCGUCUCAUCAAGAUUCCGAGGAAGAAAUGAGGAGAAGGAUGGAGUUAGAAGGGGAAUUCGACCGGAAUGUCAAGGUUAACCUAACGUCGCCUUGGGUUACCACAGCUAGACCACCAUUCCCGUCAUCGACAUCGUCAUCACAACAUUAUCAUCCCCCGUAUUAACCCGAGAUGAAAUUAUUGGUAAUACAUCAACUUCUCGCCAUGCGCGACUAAUAAACGAUCCAUGACGUCUGGUUCAUACUCCGUUCCGUCCUAGUGGGUUAGGCACCCAGGUACCCAAACCGAGGAUCGGGAUUAUGCUACGCCGAACUGAUGCCACGAAGGACCUCGCAUAUUCGACAGCGACUUAACUAGUUUACAUGGUACUAAAGGAUAUAGAAAAGGAUACACAUUUGGACACAUAGAGAUUUAUUCUGUUCAAAAUUCGCUGUACAUUAUUUACACACCAAUCCAAUCCCCCCCCAUAAUGAAACCUUACGACGCCCGAACACAAA